AUGACAUCUAACUUCAACCUCCCAAUCGACCUCUCGCGUCUACAGAAUGAUCGACUGAAGCUUGUCCCAUUGGAGGACAACCUCGAAGAAUGGGCAAAUGCCUACGUCGAUGAUGCACACCGUCAUCCUCACGUAUAUGACUGGCUGACCUACGGGCCUUUUGCCAACGGAGCCGAGUAUGUCGCGUGGUACAACGGCAGCGUGCGGCAGAAUCCCAGUGAACUCCUCUUGGCCAUUCUGUUGAAAGCAGGGAGCAUUACUCGGAAAGAUAUCAGCACAGGCGAAACCACGACGAUCGAGGUUUCCGAUGACACAUUUGCGGGGAUCGCGGGCAUAGUUAGCCAGCCUGAGCGAGCAACUGUUGAUCUAGGUGGUAUGAUACUCACCGGGUUCCAACGUACUUUUGUCUUUACCCACACGAAUGCUUUGUUGCUUCAUUAUUGUUUGGACGGUGUCAAGGAUGGAGGGCUGGGGUUGAGAAGGGUACAGUGGCAAGCGAAUGCUAGUAAUACCGCGAGUGUCAAUGCUGCUAAGAGGUUGGGGUUUCAAUGGGAAGGUUUGAUUAGAUGGCAGCAGGUUCUGCCGGUGACGAAGAAAGGAAGUGAUGGGGCUGGACUGCACAGAGACGAUUUACCAAGACGAGGAUGGGAUGGUAGAGAAUUGGGUCCAGGGAGACAUACUGCCAUGUUGAGUCUGUGUUGGGAUGAUUGGGUUGGGGGUGGAAGACAGCAUAUUGAUGCCCUCGUUCAGAGACGAUGA